AUGGUUCCAUUAUCAAAUAUGAAGGAUAUUCAAAAUCUAUAUCCAGACUCUCGUGUAACAUUAUUAUCAUCAACAAGUUCAUUACAAUUUUUAAAUAUUCGUGUUAGUAAACGUCUCAAUCGUUAUCGUUUAUUACAACGUCAAUGGUAUAAAUUACAAUCACCUAUUCAAAAUAAACCCUUAUCAACUUCAAAUAUUCAAUUUCGAUUGCCUAUGUCUGAUAUAAAACCACUUCGACAAGAACAGAAUACAGAAAAAAUCGUUUGUGAUAUAAAAGAUUGUUCUAUUCCAUUAGAAAAAACAAUAAUAAAAGGAAGUAAAGAAAAAACUUUUUCCGAAUUUGAAUUCUUACGUUCACAAAUACCUCAAGAUUUGUUACAAUUACGAAAAGGAAUUAAUAUACAACAGAAAAAAAUUCCCGAAAUUACAUCUUUAAAGAUAAAUAAUAAAUUAUCUCGAGCAAUGACAUUUAUCAAUACUUCAAUUACUGAAGAAGAAGAUAAUAAUAUCAAAUCACUUGAUUAUGCUCAAAGAGCUGAUCGUCGAAUACAUUCAGCAACGUCUUCACAAAAUGAUAAUAAAUGUCUUAUUCGAAGUAAUUCACCAAAUAUCUUUUUACCAAAUUCAAAACGACAAGAAAAAAUCCAACAACAAAUUAAUAAUAAACCAUCGAAUAUUUACCGUUGUCGUGUUUAUCAAUCAUUUAUUUCUGAUUCUCCUAUUCAAAGUAUACCUUCAACAAAAGUAAUACUUAAUAAACAAUCAAAAAUAAAUUUAAAACAACCGCAACGAUUGAAUUUACCUCUACCAUUAACUAAUGUUAAACAAGUAGACGAAAUACAACCAUCAACUAUUAAACAAGAAACAACGACAUGUUUUUAUACAUAUGCUACAUCAACUUCAUCAAUAAUGCCAUCAUCUAUGAAACUCAAUCGAAAUACUUCAUUACUAUCAAUACUUCUUACACCAAUUUCUUGUCUUGGUAUUCAAGAACAACAUGAAACAUAUGUUAAGAAAUCAAAAAUUAAUAGCUAUAGUUUACUUAAUUAUGAAAAAGUACAGAAUCAUUUACCAAAACCAAUUAUAUCAUUCUAUUCCGAAAAGAAUCAUGAUGGUUUUAGAAUUUUAUCUACACAAUUAGAUCGUAUACGCGAAACAAUGCCUAAUUCAAAUGUUUAUAAUAAUUAUAUACGGACUUGUUAA